UGAUUCUUAUUAAUUAUGAGUGAAUUAUUUCUAAGUUCUGAUCUAAAAAUAGAAACAAUCGAUUCAAAUUUUGAUGUAGCUAUUGAAGGAUGUGCUCAUGGGGAAUUAGAAAUUAUAUAUGACUUAAUAACAUUUGUUAAUACAGAAAAGAGCAGAAAUGUCAAGUUAUUAUUAUGCUGUGGAGAUUUUCAAAGUGUCAGAAACAAUUCUAGGGAUUUAGAUAGCAUGGCUGUACCUCCAAAAUUUAGACGUCUUAAUUCUUUUUAUCAAUAUUACGAAGGUAUUAAGAAGGCUCCCUGUUUGACAAUAUUUAUUGGUGGAAAUCAUGAAGCUUCUGAAUAUUUAUGGGAAUUGCCAUAUGGAGGUUGGGUGGCACCUAUGAUUUUCUAUAUGGGUUGGGCAAAUGUUGUCAAUUUUGUAUAUGAAUAUAGUCCAUUUGAAAAAGGCAAUUGGCAUCAAAUUAUUAUUAGGAUAGCUGGAAUAUCUGGAAUUUAUAAAAAACAAGAUUAUAAUAUAGGACAUUUUGAAAGACCACCUUUAAAUGAAGACACAAAAAGGAGCAUAUAUCAUAUACGUAAUUUAGAUGUUUAUAGACUAAGUUUAUUAGACACAAGUAUCAACCCUAUAAAUAUAUGCCUUUCUCAUGACUGGCCUAGUGGUAUUUGGAAUUAUGGAGAUGUUGAUAGACUUUUAACCAUUAAACCAUAUUUCCAGAAAGAUAUACAAUCAGGCCAACUGGGUAGUCCGCCGACCAACGAACUAUUAAAAAAACUUAAACCUGAUUAUUGGUUUUCCGCGCAUUUACAUGUCAAAUUUGCCGCCUUAUUCCCUCAUAAAUCCUAUUCUAAGAACAAUAAAGAAUCUUCGCUAGAUGAUGAAGAUGACACAACCAUAAAAGAAACUUUUACCAAAUUUCUUGCCCUCGAUAAAUGUUUGCCACAUAGACAGUUUUUACAAGUAAUUUCGUUUCCCCACUCAGUCAAAGACAUUGAAAUUAGUGCUAAAUCUGAUUCGCCUGACAACGAUAACGACCUGGCUACUUCGUCACUCGAUAACGGCAAAUUCAAAACGCGCUCUUAUUUAGCUUACGAUUUAGAAUGGAUCGAUGUUCUGCGCAAAACGGACAGCCUCGUUAACUGCGAUAAAACCCGAACGAAUAUACCCUACGCUUUGGAAGAACCAUUAUUAUCACAACAACCUGAUGAUUUGAAGAAAGUUCGAAGUACUAUUACUCCCAUCGCGUUCCCCUCUUCAAAUUUAUUUGUGCCAACAACGAAAAAUUCUCCAGCAACAAUUAAUAUACAAACCUUGGAAUUUUGCCAAAAAUUUAAUUUGAUCAAUUUAUACGACGAAUUAAAGCCACCAGAAAAUGAAACUUUAGAAAAUGUGGAUAAAUAUUUUGAUUUCUAAAAAAUUUGACCAUAAUUUUUUAAUAGCAAAAAUUAUGUUUUACGAACAAUAGAUUAUU